AUGUUCCCCUUGUUUUUCUGUCUUUUUUUUUUCUUCUGUAUAAAAUAUCAGCGUGCAUGUAGUGGCAAAGUGGCUCCCACCCACUUCCCCCCACUGCCAGUCAAAGCAGUUGUCCAGCAGCAGAUCAAGAAGUCGAGCAAACGCUCCUCAGCCUCCAGCCUCGGGUUGGACUCGCAGCAUCUGCAGCAGGACAGACAUUACUUUGAGGAACAAAAAUUGCCCAUGAUUCCUGCAGUUGUCAAACAAAGCAGUGGCAACAAGCACGGCAGCCAGCUGAAGCGAGACAGACCGAUGCCUGUACGUCUGCCCCCGAUUGAAUAUACGAUCCAGUCCAGCUCCGGCAGUGCCUGGUCAGCAGGACACAAACCUGACAUGCUCGGCCUCGGGCGAACCGCUGAGUUGAACAGCAUCUGUAAACUGCCUGACAUCAAGAACGCUCCAGUUAAGUGCUCCAGGCCAAAGAGUGGGAAUCUGCCCAGACUGCUAAGUGUGCUGCCACCAAUCUCAGGAAGGACAGAGGAACUUCACAAGAAUCGCAAGCUGCCCCCAAGAGCAAACAUGCAGCGAGCUGAGAGUCCCACAACGGACAAGACAAAGAAAAAGAGGAAAAUGAAAUUAACUUUUAAAUAAUCAAACUUCUUCCAUCAUCUUUUAACUUUCUCACAGCA